AUGUUCUCCAAAUCUUUCUUGUGUAGCGCGGCUCUGCUUUCACUGGCAAAUGCUCACGGUGUAAUUCUGGCAGCUCAGGGCGUGGCUGGAUCGCCAGCGAGUGUCGGAUUUCAAGGUGAUAUUAUGCUGGUGCAUCAUGAGAUUGGAAGAUUGAUCGACCCUGCCUUGGCAAGAAACUGUACAGGAAUUAGUCCUUGCCAGCAAGAUACCACCAUCAUCCGCGAUGCUGAGAUUGCUGCAAACACUGUCAAUGAGUGUGGAAGGACAGAAUUAACGGGAAACAUCGAUGUUGGAGAGAAUACAGAGAACGCAUUAGCCGCCAAUGCUGUUACUUCCGUCCAGAAGGGCACGUCGAUGACAGUUACCAUACAUCAGGUCAAUGCUGAUGGUGCCGGCCCCUAUGCCUGUGACCUGGACCAGACCAGCAAUUCUGGAGUCAUCUCUCAAAACCUUUCCGUCACCAACAACGUUCCUGGCGUAAACGGUUUAUCCCAAGCGAAGACCACCGACUUCAACAUUACCGUAGCAAUGCCCGCCAACUUGGCUUGCACCGGAGGCUCAACCGGAAACAUCUGCACAGUCCGCUGCCGCAACAACGCCGUAGCAGGACCAUUUGGAGGUUGCUUCGCCGUCCAACAAACAGACGUAACCCCCACAACAAACUCAGCAAACCAAAUCAACACCUCGCAAUCUAAAUCGGCAGUCGAUUCUCAGGUCAAGGGAAACCAAGCCGACCUGCCAGCUGCGGUUGCAGCAAACCAGGAGCAGGGCACUACUGAUCAACUCAAAGCACUCUCUUCAGCAGAUGCUAACGGUGGAACCGCAGCACUUGGCGGUGUCGCGGUAACAACAAAAGCUUCCCCAACCCAGUCUCUGGCCCUCGACAACGUAGGCGCCAACGCAGCAGUAGCUACCACCAGUGCGGCAGCAAGUGCGAAAGCUGCCUCGACUGCGACUACGGGGAAGAAGGGAGCGAAAGGUGCUAAGAACCAACGACGGGACAUGAGUUUGAAGUGGGCGCGGAGAAGUCUUGAUGGCAGCAUGUGA